CCUGACUUGGUUCUGUACAAAAGUCUCAAGUUUGUUGCUCGCUCAGUGAUCUGGAGGACGCCAUCCACUUGCUGCUCUAAAGUUCCAUUAUGGGUCGACUUGAUGGGAAGGUCAUCGUCCUGACAGCUGCUGCCCAGGGGAUCGGCCGGGCAGCUGCCUUAGCUUUUGCAAGAGAAGGUGCCAAAGUCAUAGCCACAGAUAUCAAUGUGUUCAAACUUCAGGAACUGGAACAGUACCCGGGCAUUCAAACCAAGGUCCUCGAUGUCACAAAGAAGAAACAAAUUGAUCAGUUUGCCAAGGAAGUUGAGAGACUUGAUGUUCUCUUUAAUGUUGCUGGUUUUGUCCACCAUGGAACCAUCCUGGACUGUGAAGAAAAAGACUGGGACUUCUCAAUGAAUCUCAAUGUCCGCAGCAUGUACCUGAUGAUCAAGGCAUUUCUUCCUAAAAUGCUCGCUCAGAAAUCUGGCAACAUUAUCAACAUGUCCUCUGUGGCUUCCAGCAUCAAGGGAGUUGUGAAUAGAUGUGUGUACAGUGCAACCAAGGCAGCCGUGAUCGGCCUCACGAAGUCCGUGGCUGCAGACUUCAUCCAGCAGGGUAUCAGGUGCAACUGUGUGUGUCCAGGAACAGUUGAUACCCCAUCUCUGCAAGAAAGAAUACAAGCCAGGCCAAAUCCUGAAGAGGCACUGAGCAAUUUUCUGAAGAGACAGAAGACUGGAAGAUUUGCAACUGCAGAUGAAAUUGCCCUGCUCUGUGUGUAUUUGGCUUCUGAUGAAUCUGCCUACGUUACAGGUAAUCCUGUCAUCAUCGAUGGAGGCUGGAGCUUGUGAUUUCAGGAUCUCCUUGAUGGGGAGGCAGACCGUUCCUGUCCACCAUGAACUUGGUUAUGAAGAAAACUCACCCAUCAUAUCUUUCCUAUUAAUGGCAUAGUAACCAAAACAAGCUCAUUUUAACGAUGUCAUUGUUCACAAGAGUCUGAUUCUUUAAAUACAUUAAUCUCUUUCUCAUCUCUUUUGAAAUCAUUGUGGAUAAUAUGAAAGAAUGAAUUUAUUGCAAGUGAGUAGUUUUAAAAAUCAGCCCCAAUUUGUAAGCAUAUAAAGUUAAGCUGUGAAUAUGAAGAAAAAAGGAAGAUUUUUAAGAAAAAAGUAUUAAUUUCUAUUUUACUUCUAUUUCCCUAUAUUCAAAUACUUUUGUAGAAUUCUGCAUUGGUCUGUAUAUGGAUACUAAUUUAAAAUUCGUACACCAUUAUAAUUGAAUACCAGAUGUAAGAAGGAGUGUGGCUUUAGUAACUUACCUUGAAAGAUGUUUAGAUUCAGAACUAUGUUGUUAAUCUGUUAUAUAAAGGAAAAAUAACCAUCAGGUGUUUAUACUUAAUGGAUGUCAUCACUUAUAAUUAAGUACUAUUUUCUUGGUAUUUAACUCCUUAGUCUAAGUAAAAAAAUCUUUAUUAAAAUAAGCAAUGAUAUUUUCAUGGUCUUAAGAAAAUAGAGUUAACUAACUUGGCAGUAUUGUCAGUUUGAGGGAUUUUUUUUUUAUAUUAAGUAUAGGGUUUUUUUCAUCAAAUUCCAUGAUGACAGUUAAGAGGACAUGAAAUUUAGAAAUAGUCUCUGGAUAAAAAAAUACAAAUGAAUCGUGUAACAGGAAACAAAGAAAGAAAGAAAAGAAAAUUUUCAAGAAAAAGGUUAAGUAAAUUCAAGGAUGGUGAGUCUAUAAGAAAUUUUCUUGUUCUUUAUAGGGUUUUAUAUGUUUUUUAUUUGUUACUGCUUCAAAAGACCAAAUGGUGUGAUGCACAUGUAUAGUAGGUACUCAAUAAAUGAGCAGUUAUACUUAGCCUUUUCUCUUAGGACCUUAAUAAUAACAAGGAAAUAUUGAAAUGCACAAUGAACAGGUAACAUUUUAUGUUUGAGGAAGGAAACUUUACAGUUUAUAAAAGUGAGUUAAAAUUGACAGCGAGAAUAUUUCGACUAGCAUUCCCAAAGAGUCCAUUGAUUUUAAGAUUUUCUCUGGGCUUCUAAACCAGACAUUCCACUACCGGGUCACAGAUAGCUUGCUUUGUAACCCAGAUCAAGUCGCCCAAUUUAUCUUGGAUUUUAGUUUUCUGGAUUGUGAAAUUAGGGAGUUGGGCCAAGAGACCUGAGUUUCUUUUAGAUGUAUCAAAAUGCUGUAACUGCUUUUCAGAGGAAGUAUGGAACACUGUAGUUUAUUAAGUAUGGUAUGAAGUACUUUAUGCUGUAAGCAAGUACACGUGUAUACUUGUAUGUAUCGCUAUGAACAAACGAAUUCUAAAUAAACAAGUGAUGAUUCUGCAAA